CCCAAUCCCCUACAUAAACUUCCUUCCUCUCUCUCUCUCUCAAACAUUAUUAACCAGCACAACUUCAUUGUUUUCUCCAGAAAAAUCUUUUUUGACCCAAAAUUUCCAAGAAAAUCUUGAAGAAAUGGGUGAAAGCGAAGAUGGUUUGGGUCUGAGUCUAAGCUUGGGGUUAAGUCAGCUAAAGGAACCAUCUCUGGGACUGGGGUUGAAUCUAUUGCCGUUGAGAACUUCUUCGUUUUCUCACAUGCACAAUCACAAUAAUAACCAUCUUCAGAAGAAGAUUUAUCACAACUCUUGGCCUCACCAGUUCCAGUCCUCUGAAAGAAACUCUGACGUUGGAUCUCUUCUAAGAGGUCUCGAAGUAAACAGAACUCCUUCUGCGACGGUCGUGAUUAACUUAGAAGAAGACGCUGCGGGCGUGUCAUCACCGAACAGCAACGUUUCGAGUGUGAGUGGGAACAAGAGGGAUCUUGCGGCGGCGAGGGGAGACGGAGGAGGAGAUGAGAACGAGGCUGAGAGAGCUUCUUGCUCACACCGUGGAGGAAGCGACGAAGAAGAAGGAGGAAACUGCGAGGGAACGAGGAAGAAACUCCGGUUAUCUAAGGAACAAGCUUUGGUUCUUGAAGAAACAUUCAAAGAACAUAGCACUCUAAAUCCGAAGCAAAAGCUGGCUCUAGCAAAACAGUUGAAUCUGUGGACAAGACAAGUAGAAGUGUGGUUUCAGAACCGAAGGGCAAGGACGAAGCUGAAACAAACGGAGGUUGAUUGUGAGUAUUUGAAGAGAUGUUGCGAUACUCUAACGGAGGAGAAUCGACGGCUGCACAAGGAAGUGUCUGAGCUCAGGGCGUUGAAGCUAUCUCCACAUCUCUACAUGCAUAUGACUCCUCCAACUACUCUCACUAUGUGCCCUUCUUGCGAACGUGUCUCGGCUUCCUCCUCCUCCUCAGCUAUGGCUGCUGCUGCUCCUCCCUCCUCCACCGCAUCUGGUGGUGGACGGAUUCCUACGGUGGUGGGACGGCCAAGUCCACAACGGCCAACUCCCUGUGCAGCUAUUUCUCUCCAGUCAAGAUUAGCUCACUAGGGGAAAUAUAUUUAAUUUAGUAUACAUAAAAUAUAUGUAUGAAAACUGAAACCUUAAAAUUUUUUAUGCAAGUUUGACGUCAAAUCUACUUAAAAUGA